GACAGCAGAUUUAACAGAAGGAGAGGAGGCAGAGACUGGGGAUGGGAGCAGUGAGCUGUCGACAGGGGCAACAGACCCGGGUGGCUGUUCCUCGCAAGCAGAGUGGCAACAUCCAGGCUCUCUGGCCCCGAGGCUGGAAGAGCCUCUGGUCUGGUCUGGGAAUCAUCAGGUCAGAUCUGGAAGAAUUAUGGGAACCACUAAGGCACCAAUGCCUGUAUGUGGAACCCCUACAUCCAGCCCCAUUACUAGUAGAGAAGCCCCUCUCUGAAUGGCCAGUGCCUCAGUUCAUCAACCUCUUUCUGCCGGAAUUUCCCAUGAGGCCCGUUAGGGGGCACCAGCAGCUGAAGAUUUUAGGUCUUGUGGCUAAAGGCUCUUUUGGAAUUGUCCUGAAAGUGCUAGAUUCUGCCCAGAAAGCUGUAUUUGCAGUGAAGGUGGUACCCAAGAUAAAAGUCCUACAGAGGAAUACACUGAGGCAGUGCAAAGAGGAGGUUAGCAUCCAGCGCCAGAUCAACCAUCCUUUUGUUCACAGCUUGGGGGACAGCUGGCAGGGAAAGCGGCAUCUCUUCCUUAUGUGUAGGUACUGCAGCACAGAUCUGUACUCCCUGUGGUCUGCUGUUGGCUGCUUGCCUGAGGCCUCUGUCCGUCUCUUUGCAGCUGAGCUGAUCCUAGUGCUGUGCUAUCUCCAUGACUUGGGCAUUGUCCAUCGAGAUGUGAAGAUGGAGAAUAUUCUUCUGGAUGAACGAGGCCAUCUGAAACUGACAGACUUUGGUCUGUCUCGCCACCUAUCCCAGGGAGCCCGAGCCUAUACUAUCUGUGGCACUCUUCAAUACAUGGCCCCAGAGGUGCUGAGUGGUGGGCCUUACAACCAUGCUGCUGAUUGGUGGUCCCUGGGUAUCUUACUUUUCUCUCUGGCAACUGGAAAGUUCCCAGUGGCAGCAGAGAGAGAUCAUGUGGCCAUGUUGGCAAGUGUGACCCACUCUGACUCUGAGAUUCCAGCUUCUCUUAACCAGGAGCUCUCACUCCUGCUUCAUGAGCUCUUAUGCCAGAACCCCCUCCACCGUCUGCGCCAUCUACAUCACUUCCAAGUCCACCCCUUUUUUAGGGGUGUGUCAUUUGACCCAGAGCUCCUACAGAAGCAGCCAGUGAACUUUGUCAUGGAGUCACAAAUUACUCAGCCCAGUGCAUUGGAGUCGAUGCCCUUCCAGGACUUUGACUGUGAUCUGGAAUCCUUCAUGGUCCACUCCAUUUCCUCUCUACUGUAGAUUGAGGCCUAGGUGGAAAACUGAGGAUCUCCACUGCCAACUCAGUACAGUCAUCUUGAUAAUCCAGUUUUCACUUUGUAGCCUAGUACUCUUUGUUAUCUUAGGUGUUAG